AGUAACUCGAAUAGGCUUUUUCGGAAAAGUGAGUGUGAGAUUUGUGGUUUUUGUAAACAAGAAGAAAAAGACACGGUUUUUGCUUGGAAAUUGUGAGAAAAUCAGAGAAAAUGCUGCCACUAUCGUUACUGAAAACCGCUCAGAGUCACCCGAUGCUCGUUGAGCUCAAGAAUGGUGAGACGUACAAUGGACACUUGGUUAGUUGCGAUACAUGGAUGAACAUUAAUCUCAGAGAGGUGAUUUGCACGUCUAAAGAUGGCGACCGAUUCUGGAGAAUGCCUGAGUGCUACAUCAGAGGAAGUACUAUCAAAUACCUUCGCAUCCCCGACGAAGUGAUUGAUAUGGUGAAGGAAGAUGUUCAGCAAAAGACAAGGAAUCGACAAGAGAUGAACAAACAAAACCGCGGUGGACAAAAUCAGCGCGGCAGGAAUCAGCAGGGCCGGAACAAUGCCUUUUCCGGACGUCGCGAUGGUCAACAGAAUCGUCAACAGCAUCAGAAUAAUCGUCCCUUGGCGCCGGGAAAUAAGAAUCCACCGAAGAAGGUUCCGAAGUAAAGCCUAGACGUACUUGAGAAAUAAAUCAUACUAAAUAUUC